UUGCUUUACCUAUUUCAUUUUGGUGAUAAAAUUGAUGCAUACUUCCUUCUAGGUGGUGGUGGUGGCGGAGGUGGUGGUGCAUGCUGUCCACCAUCAGCACCAGCUUGCUCUGCAGGACCUCCAUGUUCUAGUUCCAGAACUGCUCAGCUGGUAGUGUUCAUUGUAUUGGCCAAACCUCCGAUUGUCCCUUCGACUCCGAAUGAUGGCCUUAAGCAUGGUGUAGUCCAAGGACGUCAGCAAAAGAAAACGAUAGUUAUUGAUGGAAUUGUUUUGUUUUUUGUAGCUAUUAAGAUACUGGCCAACGGCGGCCGUCAAGGCAAACAGCGAUGGCGUUGGUUGAUAGAAAAUGUUCUUACCAAUCGAACGCUAGUGAAAGCUCUACAAGAAAUUCUCCCUAAAGGAACCGAGGACAGAAGUUACGGUGGCGGUGGUGGUGGUGGCUCAGCACCUAUACCGAUUCCUGUUCCUGUGUCAUCUGGUUAUGCUGCACCUCCACCACCUCCUCCACCUCCACCGCCACCACCACCUGGAUACGGUGCAGGAGGAGCCAUUGGAGCCGGUGGUCCGUACGCUUCGCCUGCUAUUGGAGGUGGUCCUCUGGGCGGUGGUGGUCCACUGGGCGGUGAAUAUGGAGGACUCGGAGGAGCUGGAGGUGGAGCCUAUUCUGCUCCAGGAGGUGGAGGACCAAUCGUUGGUGGCCCAGUAGGUGGAGCAGAUAUCGGAGGACUCGGAGGAGGUGGAGGAGGAGCCUACUCAGCUCCAGGAGGUGGAGCACCAAUCGGUGGUGGCCCAGUAGGUGGUGCAGAUAUCGGAGGACUCGGAGGAGGAGCUGGAGGAGCCUACUCAGCUGCAGGAGGUGGAGCACCAAUCGGUGGUGGCCCAGUAGGUGGAGCAGAUAUCGGAGGACUUGGAGGAGCUGGAGGAGGAGCAUACUCAGCACCAGUAGGAGGAGGGCCAGCCAUUGGAGGAGCCAUUGGAGGAGGUGAAUCUUAUGCUGCAGGAGCGGGAGGAGGAGGAGGCGGCGCUGGAGGAUAUGUUGGAGGAGUGAGUGGAGGAGUAAGUGAAUCCUACGCGGGAGGAGCUGCUGCAGGCGGCAAUGGAGGAUUCGUUGGAACAUCUGGAGGUGGAGGUGGAGGUGGAAGCUAUUCAGCACCAGCAGCUGCUGGAGGAUUUGAAUCAGCCGCUAGCGUAGGAGGCGCCACUUACCAACAGGGCCCCUCUGCUCCAGUUGCCCCAGCAGUACCACAGACAUCGUACCAGCAACCAAGUGUCGGUGCCAUUGCUCCAGUAGGAGGGGCUACCUAUCAGCAAGGAACUGUUGAAACCGUUCAACAACCAACAGAAGUCGAAACGGUGUCAGAGACUGCGCCGCAAACACCAGUCGAGCCAACUCCCGUCGAGACGCCAGUGGUGACCAACGUUGACGCAACCAGUGAACACGUUGCGGGCUCCCAGCAAACAGCAUCCCAGGUCGCCGUCGCCACUGAAACGCCAAAAGAGGAAUCCAGCUAUGACGACAUCAUUGAAGAGCAACAGUCUAUUGACGCUACGAAUACGAUAGCUUCUUCUCCAUCAACAAAUGACGUCGACUACACAAAUGAAGCCGGUGACGAGGGUAACUGCGACGAUCCAGAGCUGAAAGCAAUCGUCGAAGGAGCGUUGACUACUGAGAAGGACAACCUCGAAGCAGCUCGUAAGAUUGAAAGCGAAGCAGCUGCGAAAUUCGGAGGACGUUUCAACGCAAUUGUCUCCGAUGCAGAAUUCGCCUACGUGAACUGGUAUGGCAAGAGGAACUGCCAACUUCGUGUCGAGAAUCGUCAUUCACUCACAUGGGAAGACUAA